AUGCAAAUGGAGGACCCGCCGCCAUCGUCGACGCUUGUCCACGCGUCUACCCCUUGGGUAGGUCAAGAGGGGAUUCGCAACGCGAAAUAUGGUGGGGUCCCCCCCGCCAAAAGCAACCCGGACGACGACAGCAUGUUCGGCGGCAACGACCGAGUCGCCAAGGGCCCCAGCCUGCGGCGGGCGUUCCAGGUUGCGCCGGCUUGGGGUGGAAACGGUGCAAGGGUCGGACACGCAGCGUUAGCGAGAGCAACAGCGGGGGGUUCUGGAGCAGCGCCCGCCACGCCCGACGGAUCAGCGGCACGAUCACCGAGGAGAGAAGGUGGAGGGAGAACACUGGGUGAGAACGGGCUAGCGGGGGAAGCAGGCGAUGGCGGGGAGGGGGGUGGGGUUGGCCGUGCCCAAAGCAGCACGGGUGGAGGGGACGCGCGUCUCCGGGGUCUCACCAGCAAGGCAAGCCGCGUUGGGGGAGAUAUCGUGGUCCGGCAUCCGCUGGCGGACGUGCGCGGCCGUGCCAUCUCCAAUCUGAGCGGGAAAAUCUCGUUGGGCCUCUUAAGCCCCUCGGACCUGUUGCGGGCCGAGCCAUCUUUUUGCUCGGACGUUGUUGCUCUUCUUUCGGAAGGGAUAGGGUUUGAACCAUCCGGAAACCGGUCUCCGGAGCGCGGGUCGUUGGAAGGAAGUUCCGCAUCGGCGAUCCUGGUGCUCAACCUCUGCGUGUUGCUAGCAAAGGACCCGGUAUGUCGCGCUCGUCUAGCGGGGGAGGGUGCCGCCACCCCCCUCUCCAGGAUGACGACGAUGGCUGAGUCUUCGCGGACUAAAAGCGGAGGCGAGCUUCGUCUCCUCGCGGCAGAGGGAUUAGCGUGGAGGGAAGUCGACGUUCCGAACGGUCGACAAAGUCCAGAGCAGCAGCACCAGCAGCAGCACCAGCAGGAGACGGAGGAGGCGUGCGCGCUGUUCGGAGACGGGUCGGAGCCCAGGUGGCCCCGCUGGACGAAGGAUUUUGUGGACGGGCCCCUGUUGUCCGCCGAGAAUAAUGCCUCCUCCGACACCGUCGUGGCCUGCCUCUGCGCGGGGUGGCGCUUCCCGCACGUGCGACUGGUCAGGUCGGAAGAGUCGGCGCUUUUCGACUUCGAGGUCCGCUUCCGCACCGCCUCGACCCCUGCGGGCGAGACCGGCCUGCUGCGCUGCUUGAGGCACCUCCGCGACGAGAUCGUGGAGGACUAUCCCCCCGAGGUACUCCUCCAGAGGCCCGGCUCGUUCGGCCGCUUGCUGUCGCUGUUGAGAACUCCUUCCGCCAGCGAGCGUGUGAUCGAGGAGGUCCUGUCGACCGCGAGCCGGCUCCUCGAGCGUCUGGUGAGGUCUGCCCGCCUGCACCAAGAUGCGUCGUUCUUGCCCCCCUCGCCUUCGGCAAGCGUCGACAUCGACGACCAAAGGGCCCCCGCAGCGGGAGAAUCAGAUGGGUAUUCCUUCGGCGGGGGCCCCGCCGGCUACGUCCCGGGGGGUGGCGGGGCUGUAGGCGAUAGUGCCGUAUUCGGUACCCGGUACGGCCGACACGGUGGAAAUGAGCCCACGGAUACCGACAGCGGGUGGCCAGGAUUUCGCGGCGACGAAGAUGAAAAUCACCGCCGCCGCCACCGGCAGCGAGUGCUCUGGGAGCAGCAGCAGCGGCAGCAGCAGCAGCAGCAGGCGAGGGUGCCGCAAGAUCAUCGGAUGCGGACGACGACGACCCCGGGGGACGCGGCGGUGGCAACCCUCCUCUCCUUCCGGUACCCCCGGUCCUCGCCAACGGUACGGUUCACGGCCGGCGGCGCUGCGUCCACCGCUAGCGACGGCGGGUUAGGAGAGAGGCGGGGAGCCGCCCCCUCAACCGGCGGCGGCGAGGUGCCGGGGGAGUUCGGGAAGGCGGAGCCAGGGGGCAGCGGAGGGCUUAGCGUGUGCGGCGCCCUGUUCGCGCUGUUCUUGUCGGCGUGCCCUCUUCUCGGAUAUCCCGCCGCUGACAAUGCCAGGGUCACGUUUGCUAGCGGCGGUGGGAGGGUCAGCCACGGCGAAGAGGAAGGAAGGAGACCGGCGUCAGAGCUGUCGGGAGUUCCAUCCAGGGUGGCUGUUUUGGCGGGGGAGGUGCUUCAGGCGGUUAUCCCGUACUUGCUCGAACCACGAGGUGAUGACGGGGACUGGGGUGAGAGCACCGAUUCCGCCUCCGCCGGAGGAGUCGGGGGAGCCGCGGCUGGGAUGAUAACGUGCCCUGUUGACGCUCUCCGGGUGCAGGAGGUCCUGUGCAGCACGGGCCAGGUCCUAGGGGACACAGGUACCGUCGUCGGUAAAUCCGGCUAG